UUCGCCAUUUUAGCGGCUGGAGGUCGGCAGCGAGAGGAGAGGCAGAGCGAUUGCUGAGGGUUGCUGCCUCUGGACCGCUUGUAAAAUCUGGGGUUUCCCUCCCUCCCCUCGUCGCUCUGUUAUAAUUCGGGUAAAGUUUAAAAAUGCUGUCCAGGCUGUUCCGCAUGCAUGGGCUUUUUGUUGCCUCCCACCCUUGGGAAGUGAUUGUUGGAACAGUUACAAUCACGAUCUGCAUGAUGUCCAUGAAUAUGUUUACUGGCAAUAAUCAGAUUUGUGGAUGGAAUUUUGAAUGUCCAAAGAUUGAGGAGGAGAUAUUAAGUAGUGAUAUCAUAAUACUGACCAUCACGCGAUGCUUAGCAAUCUUGUACAUAUACUUCCAAUUCCAGAACCUCCGACAACUUGGUUCCAAGUAUAUGCUAGGGAUUGCUGGCCUCUUCACCAUUUUCUCCAGCUUUGUUUUUAGUACUGUUGUAAUUCAUUUUCUGGAUAAAGAACUAACUGGCCUCAAUGAAGCCUUGCCUUUCUUCUUGCUGCUUAUUGAUCUAUCGAAAGCCAGUGCCCUAGCCAAAUUUGCACUGAGCUCCAACUGCCAGGAUGAAGUAAGGGAAAAUAUUGCACGUGGAAUGGCCAUUCUGGGUCCCACUUUCACUCUUGAUGCUCUUGUGGAAUGCCUUGUGAUAGGUGUUGGUACUAUGUCUGGGGUGCGACAACUAGAAAUCAUGUGCUGCUUUGGAUGCAUGUCAGUUUUGGCAAACUACUUUGUCUUUAUGACAUUUUUUCCAGCUUGUGUCUCCCUUGUAUUGGAGCUUUCCCGAGAAAGCCGUGAGGGUCGUCCAAUUUGGCAGCUGGGUCAUUUUGCUCGUGUCUUGGAGGAAGAGGAAGAUAACAAACCCAAUCCUGUAACACAGAGAGUGAAAGUCAUCAUGUCUCUAGGGCUAGUCCUAGUUCAUGCUCAUAGUCGCUGGAUAGCAGAACCAUCUUCACAGGAUAACCCCUUAGAAGUGCCUAAGUCUGGAACAACCAUUGAUGGAAGUAUGCCGAAACGAAUUGAUCCUGGUGUACCACUCUGGCAGUUCUAUCUUUCCAGGAUGGUCAGCAUGGAUAUUGAACAAGUAAUUACUCUUGGUCUAGCACUCUUUCUUGCUAUCAAGUACAUCUUCUUUGAGAAGGCAGAAACUCACUCGUCUUUCUCAUUGGUGGUACAGAAGAAGGAUAUUGAUAACUGCACGAAUAAUACUGGAAUGACCAGAUUCCAAUCAUGUUUAACAGAUGAACCAAUUAAUAAAAAUACAGACCAAGUCAUAAAGCCUAUUGUGUAUUCGAUCCCAAAACCGGUCAAUCGUUCAUCAAAAGCAAAUUUUGUGUUCGGAGACUUCACGCCUCCUAGCUCUUCAUCUUCAGGAACACCUGAAGAACUGGAUAUUGAGUUUCCAUUAGGACCACGAUCAAUUGAAGAAUGCUUGUUCAUACUCCGAAGCCCAGAGAGAGGGGCAAAAUACCUUACUGAUGCUGAGGUAAUCCGUCUGGUGAAUGCCAAACACAUUCCGGCUUACAAACUGGAGACUAUGAUGGAAACUCCAGAACGUGGUGUGUUCAUACGUAGACAAAUCCUGGCUGAAAAACUGCCAGAAACUACUGCACUACAAAUGCUUCCUUACAAGGACUACGAUUACUCACUGGUUAUGGGCACUUGCUGUGAGAAUAUCAUUGGCUAUAUGCCCAUCCCAGUGGGAGUUGCUGGUCCACUUUUCCUGAAUGGGAAGGAGUUCCAAGUGCCCAUGGCAACUACUGAAGGCUGUCUUGUGGCAAGCACUAACCGUGGUUGCAGGGCAAUAUGUCUGGGUGGUGGAGCGCGGAGUCGCGUUUUGGCAGAUGGAAUGACUAGAGGGCCAGUUAUAAUGCUUCCAACUGCAUGUGAGGCAGCAGAAGUGAAAACGUGGCUCGAGACCCCCGAAGGCUUUCAAAUUAUUAAAGAAAUGUUUGACAGCACUAGCAGAUAUGCCCGGCUUCAGAAGCUGCAGAUUGGGCUUGCUGGACGCAAUCUUUAUAUCCGUUUUCAGUCAAAGACUGGGGAUGCCAUGGGCAUGAACAUGAUCUCAAAGGGCACAGAAAAGGCUCUCUCCAGGUUGCAGGAAGAGUUCCCAUCUUUACGUGUACUAGCAGUCAGUGGCAACUACUGCACAGAUAAGAAACCUGCUGCAAUUAACUGGAUUGAGGGAAGGGGGAAGUCUAUUGUUUGUGAAGCAGUCAUUCCAGCCAAAAUUGUGUGUGAGGUAUUAAAAACUUCUACACAUUCUCUUGUAGAAGUAAAUAUCAACAAAAACCUAGUGGGUUCAGCAAUGGCUGGAAGUCUGGGUGGUUACAAUGCACAUGCUGCAAAUAUUGUUACAGCUAUUUAUAUUGCCUGUGGACAGGAUCCAGCUCAGAAUGUUAGUAGCUCGAAUUGUAUUACAUUAAUGGAAUCAACAGGCCCCAAUAAUGAAGACUUGUAUAUUAGCUGCACCAUGCCAUCAAUUGAGGUUGGAACUGUUGGAGGAGGAACCAACUUACCACCACAGCAAACUUGCCUGCAGAUGCUUGGUGUUCAGGGUGCAAGUCAGGAGUGUCCUGGUGAAAAUGCACGGCAGCUGGCCGAGAUAGUUUGUGGUACAGUAAUGGCAGGUGAGCUGUCUCUCAUGGCAGCCCUGGCAGCUGGACAUUUGGUGAAGAGCCACAUGAUUCACAACAGAUCAAAGGUUAAUCUCCAGGUGCUCCCCAACAGCUCUACGAAGAAAGCAGCUUGAUUAUGAAAGGGAUUCACUAUAAAGACUGGCACUUGUACACUGGAAAGAUGCUUUGGAUUUUUGUUUAGAACUAAGGGACAACUGAGUGUUUUCAUGACUUUUUGAAAUUGCUGGUUUGUACGAUUUUGACCAGUAUAUCUGAAAUGGAGUUGACAUGGUUCCAAAGCAAAGAUACCAAUAUCCAGUAGUGUGCCCAGAAAUCAUAGUGGUACAAAAGAGUAGCCUGCAGAACCUACAAUAAGAAGAAACUGUAAAAUGACCUUGUGAAUGUUUGCUAGUUCUGCUUAAUCAUAUUGUCUUAACUUAUGACAAAGUUUAUUUGUUUUUUUGAUGUUGACAUAGUUUCAAAGCUUGCAAUAACUCAAGUCUUGAGUGAAAGGUUUACUAGAAACAAUUACUGCAAUCUAAUUAAAAACAAAUCCCUGGCUGUGGUUACUGGAGUAAGGUUAAUAUUGCCACAGACUCUCUUUUUGAAAAUUGUUCAUUUUGUGCAAAAGAACAGAUGUUGUACAGUCUUCAAGAGAAGUUCAAAAGUAGGUAAGAGUUAGUACAUGUAAAUCUCUGGAGAAGUCAAAAUGCCUAUACUGAGUUUUAGCACACUUUGAAUUCAAACAAUUAACUUUAGCCAAAAAUACUUCAUCUACUUCACUGCUUGAAUCAGAUAAAACUAAAUCAAUUUUCAAAAUUUGGUAAAGUUCAUGAUAUGAAUAAGCCUUUUGGUGUGAAUAUUAUUCUGCUGAUAAUUGACCUGGAAUUUCCUGACUGACCCUUUGUCUCAAACAGAAACCUCCUUAACCACUUUUGUGCUGUUUUAAGUCCUCUAAUAGUAUGAAUUGACCAGUUGUGACCAAGCUGGAUUUUUGUCAGAUGUUUAACCACAACUGAACCUAUAAUUGUCUGUCUUUUCUGUACUGUACAUCAUGACAAACUUAAGAUUUUGAAGGUUUUAUUUAUGGCUGUGAAUUUCAUGACCCUUACCUAUAUAUUGUAUUCGAACGUGUGAAGCUGGUACUUGAUUCCUGGCCAGUUGUUACAAAGAGUUUGUUCAUUCAUCCAAAGUUAAAUUAUUUUAAUUUUUACUCUUAUUACAUUGCGAUUAGAGUUAAAGGUAUGCACACAAUUAAGGCUGUCUUCUUUCAGGCAGAUACAUUUUUUUAAAGUUUUAAAUUUCAGAUACAACCAUAUCACUUAUCUACCCCAGAAGUAGAUAAAGAUAGAUAUUCCAGUUUGUAUGCUUAGGAGGGAGUGAACACUACCCUGGUUUGUCCCUUUUUGUUAGGGAAUCUAUUUCUACUGGGCACAUAUCUGCUUUACUAGUAGUUUCAAACAGGAAGUAAAUGUAGAUUGUUUAUUCUAAUCUUUCACCUGCAGUUUUAGGGUGUUCUGCAAUAUUGUUGCUUAAGAUGGAUGGGUCAUUGACAUUAUGGCCUUCUAUGCAACAGACAUUAAUAAUGAUUUUACAAAGCAAAGACUAAAAAUUCAACUGACAUGGAAAAUGCAUCUAUAACCAACAGUGCUGUUAAGCCAGGGUAAAAUAAGUUUUCAAUCAAGAAAUAUUUUUCAUUGUUUGACUUAUACACUACUCCAAAAAUCAAUGCAGCUUGAACAGCAUACAAUUGGAAACAUUUGUCAAGUUUGUUAUUCUUUCUGCCUUAGCAAAUGUAAACACCAAUUUUUUUCAUACUUUCCUGAGCUAUGUUUUUGAAUGGUAUGUUGGGCCGUUUGUGUAGCAGUGUCCUUAUCCCUGUAUCAAGAGGGCUGGGUUCAAGUUGCACCAGGUGUGUAACAGCUGAAGAGGUUGAUUCAAAAAAAAUAUGUAAAUGACUGUUUAGAGAGGCCCAAGACUUUAUAUGCUUGAAAGUAUCAAAACAAAAACUGUACUGUGAUGUAUUGAAGUGUCAAAAAGUAAUGGUUUUUGCUAAUGAAAAGCAGAUUGGAAGCAACUACCAGUAUACCAAUUCUAGUAAAAAUGUUUACAAUGUGAAAAAUUCAUUAAAUACAUUUUUGUAAAA